AUGGAGGCCAUUCGCGCCCUACAGCAGCAGCUCAUGGAGGCCCAGAGGGCCUCCAAUGCACGGAAAAUCUCAGAGCGCAACUGCAUCGACCUGGUGCAGAAACUCAUCCAGACGCAACAGGUGAAGCUCUUCCACACGUCCAAUGGCAAGGAGUACCUCACCCCGGAGCAGCUGGACAAUGAGAUCCGAGAUUGUCUUGAGGCCUGUGGUGGUCGCAUCUCGGUGACGGAGCUGCCCAAUGAGAUGGGUAUCGGCAUGGAACACCUGGAAGCACGCGUGGAGGUCCUGCGCAAGCGGGACAGCUCCCUCCACAAGUUGAACAACGACUUGUUCUCGCAGCAAUACCUGCAGCAGUUGGCGCAAGACGUCGAGGAAUCCCUGGAGGAGAGCGGUUCGCUGCAGGUGGCCGACCUGGCGAGUCGUUACAACCUGCCCUCCGAGUACAUCCGAAAUUCGGUACUGGUCCUGCUGAGUUCACAGGCGGUGGUGAGACAGAAUACGGUACACACCAGUUCCUAUGCUGCUCGUUUCGAGGCUCGUGUCCGUGGCUGCCUCCGUGGCUGCUUGCAGCCGGUGAUUUUGUCGCAGCUGGCCACGAGGCAUGGCUUCGACCCCGACUUGCUGAACAGCACCGUGCAGAAGAUGAUCCGUGAGGAGGUGAUCCUUGGAAAGUUUCAAGGAGGAGCCUUCACGCCCAAAGCCUACACCGAUGCAGAGGCUAAGAAAAUGGACAGUUUCUUUGAGUCCAACGGGUUCCUCACCGCGGCCAUGGCCAAAACCUGCAAUUUGACCCUCAAAGAGUGGGUGGCACAACGCAAGGUGGAGGGCCACACCUUGCUGAGUGCCUUCGUCUCACAGCACGUGGUGGAGGAAGUUCAGGCGGCUGUGGCGGAGGCCCUGGCAGCGGGCGCCUGGAUCGAUGUGCAACCGCUGCUGCCUCCAUCUUUGCCGGCCUCGGAUGCUGCAGAGCUGCUGUUGCAGCUGUCCAAGCAGUUUCCGAGCGCGGUGCUGUUGGAACAUGUGGCGGUCAGCGGUAGCUUUGUCCAAGGCAUCGCCACAGCCUUGGAGGGGGAAGUGCAGCAGGCGGCAGAGAAAUCAAUGAAGCCGCGGGCCAAGAAAGAUGAUGAGGAAGUGGAUUCGAAAAAGCGUAAAGCCAAAGGAAAGAGUCAGAAGAAGAAAGGUGAUGAUGAUGACGACAGUGCUGUGCGCACUAGCGAAUCAGGCGUCAGCAAUGAAGCCAUUCUAAAUCACCUGGAAGAUCAGCACCCAGACCUGCCGGAGAUGGCCCUGCGGGAGCUGUGCGUCGAGGUGCAGCGGCACCUGACGCAGAUGGUCGCGGAGGCAGCGGAGAAGUUACGAUCUAGUUUGCAGACCAAGCAGAAGCAGCAAUUUGAGCAGGCGGACAAGUUGGUCCAGGAGCGUUACGAGAAGUUGGUCCUGGGCCUUCGGGGCCUUCGCGCCUUGGAGGCGGCCCAUGAAAAGCAGGAGUCUCCGUUGUAUCAGCACUUGCUGCGGGAGGUCGUCCUGGAGCCACUGCAUGCGUUGAUUGCGCUGCGCUUGGAGGAGGCGACUGGACAAAGUGUGGAAGUUACGGCUGCCAACAGGAAGCAAUGUCUGGAGAAGUUGGCCACGGCCGAGAAGAAUCCGCCGGAAGUUCUGCAGAGGCUAGUGGCUGCGAUGGCCAAGAAAGACACCAAAGAGACGAAGGAUUCAAAGGAAAGCAAAGAUUCAAAGGAAGGCAAAGAGGGGAAGGAGAAGGGAAAGUCCAAGAAAGGCGAUGCCAAAGAUGCAGAUGACCCCGACAUCUCUGAGCUGUACCAUGCAGCCGCAGAUGACAGCCAUAUUUUCUGCCGCAAGGUCGACAAGAAGCGCGAAAAGGCUGCAGCACAAGAGCAACAGCGGGCCUUGAAAGAACGGCUCAAGGAAGCUACGCCCUCUGAUGCGCUGGCCGUGUGCCACUUGGGGCUGCAACUCGCAUUGGCCGCGGAAGGAGUAUCCUGCUUGGUUCUGCCCUGUGAGUUGUGGGCACUUCGACUUGCAGCGAGUUUUUUUCAUUCAGAGGCAGGGUCCCAGGGCCAAACUUCCAACAAGGCCGCAUUGACUCACUAG